AUGCAUCCUUCAAAGAAGAUUUUUUUUCCGGAAGAUGUUUUGCACGAGCUCCUUGGAGAUGGCGACAGUGACGACGAGAAUGUCUUUGAGGACGGAAUCAGCGAUGACUCUUCUUCAGAUGAGGAAGAAUCCAUUCUAGUUCGACGGGAUUCUGAUGAUGAUAAUGAUUCAGAUAUUGACUGGCAUCCAGAAACCUCUGAACCACCUAAAAAACAACCCUGCCGGUCAAGAUCUCCUUCAUCUCCAGGAGCUUCCAACAGUGGCAGAGGCAGAGGAAGAGGCAGAGGAAGAGGCAGAGGCAGAGGAAGAGGGAGUACAGGAAGAAGACCAAUCACUCCCUCCCAUGAUGUUUCUCCUGGUGCUUCUACAGAGAGAUGGUGUAACAUAGAUGAGGAGGAUGUUUAUCAAAAACAACCUGUCUUUAGACCUGCAAGAACUCCAGGACCACAGCUGAUAUCCACAGCUUCAUAUAGCCCACUGCAGUUGUUUCAGCUGUUCCUGACAGACUCCAUGCUUCAGACAGUGGUGGACAAUACAAAUGAUUAUGGAACUAAACGUCAAGAGGGCAAGAAGCCAUGGAGGAAAAUAUCUUUGACUGACUUAUUCUCAUUUCUAGCUGUUAUUUUGUACAUGGGUCUCAGAAAAGCAUCUUCACAGAAAGAUUUUUGGAAAAGAACUAAAAACCACAGUCAAGAGUAUCCACGCAAAAUAAUGUCAUGCAAUAAAUUUCUAAAAAUUGCCACUACACUGCAUCUUAGCAAUCCCAAGACUGAUGCAGAGAACGAUUCAAAGAGAGGAACGCCAGCCUAUGACCGCCUCUGCAAACUCAAGCCAUUAUAUCAGGACCUGAGGACUGCAUGUAAAACAUACCUCCAACCUUACCAGAACAUUGCGAUUGAUGAGAGGAUGGUGUCAUCAAAGGCAAGAAAUGGACUAAAACAGUACAUGAAGGACAAGCCAACCAAAUGGGGUUACAAGCUAUUUGUGCUGGCAGACUCUUUGUGUGCUUACACCUGGGACUUCUUCAUAUAUGAGGGGAAAAAACCUGCAUCACAGUGCACGCAGAGCAAAGGGCUUAGUUACGAGUCUGUAAUGGCCCUUGUGGAUGUAAAGCUGUUGGGAGGUGGCUACAAACUGUUUGUGGACAACUUUUACACAAGUCCAGCACUAUUUAGAGACCUCUUCCAAAAGAACAUCUGGGCCUGUGGAACUGUGCGGUCUAACAGAGUGGGAUACCCAAAGACUUGUGAAAAUAAGCUGCCCAGAAAUUCUCCACGUGGCACUCAAAGAUGGAUAAGGAAUGACAUCUUGGUGUUUGUUGAGUGGAAGGACACACGGGAAGUACAGAUGUGCUCCGCCAUACACAGAGGUACUAGUGGGGGCACUGUGCGGAGGAGGGUGAAGGCUGCUGAUGGCCAAUGGAGCAGACUGGAUGUUCCAGUUCCAGAUGCAGUAGCAGACUACAACAGAUACAUGGGUGGCGUGGACGUAUCUGAUGCAUUAGUCGGCUAUUACACAGUCUCGCAGAAGACCAGAAGGUGGUACCGGACAUUUUUUUAUCACUUUGUGGAUUUGGCUGUUGUGAACGCCUUCAUCAUUCACUGUCAGAUGGCCCUGAUGAAACAUCAAAAGCCAAUGACACAGAAGAUCUUUCGAGAGACUCUAUUUAUGGAACUGGUUGACUUGGUGUCUCAGGAUGAAAAUGUUCCUCCACCUGCACCUGCACCUUCAAAUGGUUUGCACUUGGCAAAGUACAUUACUCCAGACAGCACAAAAGGAAGACGUAAGUGCAGACUAUGCAAACAAAAGACUCCCGUUAUGUGUUCAGCAUGUGGGGUGGGACUGUGCUUUCAGCCAAAACGCUCCUGUUACAAUGACUGGCAUGACCAGGGGAAACACGUGUAAUCUGUUGAUUAACAUUGUGUUUAAAUUGUAAAUA